AUGACAGGAACAGACGUGAGCGGAUCAGACCUGCACACACACACCUGGAUGAAGGUGUGUAUAAUCACUGACCGCUCACGGGACACAAGAGAUGUUGUACACACUCUUCCUCGUCCACUGCGUGUAAAGCCAGGAUGUAAAGGCCCGGCCAUCAACAGAGACCUCAAACCUGGAAGACUGCCCAAGAGCUCCUCAGAUGGACGAUUGGAGUUGAUGGGAUCUGCUGACAGGGUGUUCAGUGUAGUGAUUGUGUGCUGUGGUUUCAGGCCAGUGAGAUCAUUACCCAGAGAUCACCUGCGUUUACCGCCUCUACCAGUACAGACCAUCACUGACUAUCCAAACCAGUUUGAUGAGUCUCCUCCGUCCAGACCUGCACCAGAACCAGCGUCACCGCUAACCAGAUCACACACCAGCAGACCAGCAUGGACACAAUCCAGUCCGAGUGAGCAAGGGAAUGUUAAUACAUCAUCAUCUUCAAGUCACACGUCUCACAGGUUUUCUCUGGAUCUGGAGUCUCAGGAUUUGGACAGCUGCUGUGAGAGCGAGACGAGCUCGCUGGAUUCACACGUGAGGAAACAGCAGCAUCACGAAUGGCCUCGUGCGAAAGGAGAAGCCCACGGCAGCUUCACCAACCACAGCAAACCUGCACAGGGAUUGGAGGAUCAGAACUGGUAUGUUGGUGCGGUUAGUCGUGUGGAUGCUGAACACGCUCUUCAUCUGGUCAACAGGGAAGGAGCCUUUCUAGUGCGCGACUGCUCGAAGAACACUACCUAUGAGCCCUUGGUCCUCGCUGUGUUUUACAGCAAAAGAGUGUUUAACAUUCAGAUCCGCUUCAGUGAUGAAACCAGCAAAUACUCUCUGGGAACGGGCCUGAGAACCAAUGACAGGUUCGACUCCGUCACCGACAUCAUCAGGUUCCACUCCAUUUUUCCCAUCGUUCUCAUUGAUGGGCGGAAACCUUCGGAGGCAGCCAAUCAGGGGAGGCAGUGUGUGCUGAUGUACCCAAUCACAAAGCAGGAUCUGACCGAGCUGUUGAAAUAAGAGCAAAUACAAACCGCAACCUCUCCGGGACGUUUAACUGACAUUUUAACUUUAUAAGUAAUUUCUAGUGAGGUUUGACUGGUACGGACUCAAAAAAGAGCCAAAGAACUCAUCUGAUAGAAUGAAGAAAAAUCUGUCAAUUAAUAAUGUGGCGGUGUAUAGCAAUCAAAUAUAAAGAAUUCAAGGUUUUAACAUUUUAACACACAUGUAGAGUGAAAGUGAGUGUUUGGUUGAGUGCAGACACAAGAACCAUUUCUCCAGAAACUUUUAUUCCAUUAAUAAGUUUUAUUGAAUCACACUUAAAUCUUUUUUGGCCUUCAUGAAUAAUUUAAAAAUAGAUGUUAUGCUUCUGAAGCCUCAGAACUAUGUACAGAUUAUAGUUUGCCAUAAAA